CUACUGGAAUGAAGAAUGCAUGCACUGUGUUACUGCCGCUUAGCUGUAGCAUCCAAGACCAAAAUACCAGCAGAUCUUUCGUUUUGAGUACCGAGGAGGGAGUGUCGAAUUUCGACAAGGAACGUGGAAUGAAAAAAUUUCUACGGCCGAUGGCGACGCCUUUGACUGACAGCACGCUGAGCCAUCGCGAUGCACGCCGAUCGCGGCGAGCAACGCCAUCCCGUCGCCGUCACCGGCCGCCGGAGUGCUCCGCCGCUCGACUGGCACCCACCGCUCGCAUAUUCGCAUGCGGUAAAUUAAAACCGUGGCCUUCUUGCUCUCCUAUUUGCUCCGCAAAGAUCCCCCACUUGUGCCCUAUAAAUCGGCUCUGCUCGCGCCCAGCCGGGCUGCAAUUUGAGUCCGGCCGGUACUUGGCGCGUAGGGAACCCUGCUCCUCGUUGCUUUGAGAGUCCAGAACCGUUGGUAUGUGAGCACGUACCAGUCGUGCUGUCGAGGUAAGGUGAGCACUGAGCAGUAGGAUUUUAGACGAUAUGGCCAUUAGCAUCGCCGUACGGGAUUGCCAGGCCGUGCUUCGGCCGAAUUGGUGCUUCUUGAUCGGUAUGGAGUUCAGCAGCAAAGACGUUCAGAUGCCCGGAUUGCAGAGCAAGCAGUCGUCGAAGGAAGCCCUCCCGGCGCUCCUGAUCCAGGUGCCGUCGCAGACCAUCGCCGGCUUCGACUGCGUCGGCGCCGACGCCACCGUCUCCCUGAAUGAGCUCGACAAGGAGGGGCAGCAGGGCUCGGGGACGACUGGCAACAAGGACAUUGUCAUCAGCAUCCCGGCGGCGCCGGCGAGCGCGCCGCGGGCCGCUGCUCCUGGACACGCGUACGACGACGCGCAGAUCCCGUACUCCAUCUCGCUCAGCAUGCCGUCGUCGCCGUCGGGGUUUCACCUGUCCCAGUUCAGGGAGUCGGCCGUGCGCCGCGACGAGUCGCGCGUGGCGCCGACCGUGGCCGGGACCGGGUUCGACGUCCACCAGGCGGAGCAGCAGCAGGUGGAGGUGCCCUCCCCGCAGCUGCUGAAGCAGACGCGGUUUCACUCGCAGCCCAUCCUGCACACGUCCAAGAACGUCGACGAGGCGCGGCGGUGCGACAACACGCGCGACAAGCGGUUCGACCCAUUCAAGACCUUCUCCGGCCGCCUCGAGCGGCAGCUGUCCAACCUGCGCGGCCGGCCGCAGGAGCCUAUCGACGCCGCGUCGCCGGAGUCGAAGAUCUCCGAGGAGGAGACCGACCAGGUACCCGCCGCCGACCGGUACUUCGACGCCUUGGAAGGUCCCGAGCUCGACACUCUCCGGGCGACGGAGGUGCCAGUGCUGCCGAAAGACGAGAAGUGGCCAUUCUUGCUGCGGUUCCCGAUCAGCGCGUUCGGGAUGUGCCUCGGGGUGAGCAGCCAGGCAAUCCUGUGGAAGACACUGGCGUUGGCGCCGCCGACAGCGUUCCUGCACGUGAGCCCCGUGGUGAACCACGUGCUGUGGUACGUCGCGCUGGCGCUGAUGGUGCUCGUGUCCAGCAUCUACCUGCUUAAGGUCGUCUUCUACUUCGAGGCAGUGCGGCGCGAGUUCUACCACCCGGUCCGCGCCAACUUCUUCUUCGCGCCGUGGAUCGCGUGCCUGUUUCUGGUGCUGGGCGCGCCGCGGCUGGUGGCCGAGAUGCACCACGGCGUGUGGUACGCGCUGAUGGCGCCCAUCUUCUGCCUGGAGCUCAAGAUCUACGGGCAGUGGAUGUCCGGGGGGCAGCAGCGACUGUCCAAGGUUGCCAACCCGUCCAAUCACCUCUCCAUCGUCGGCAACUUUGUCGGCGCGCUGCUCGGCGCCAAGAUGGGCCUCCGCGAGGGCCCCAUCUUCUUCUUCGCCGUCGGGCUCGCGCACUACAUGGUCCUCUUCGUCACGCUCUACCAGCGGCUCCCCACCAACGUGACGCUCCCCAAGGAGCUCCACCCGGUCUUCUUCCUCUUCGUCGCCGCCCCCAGCGUCGCGUCCAUGGCCUGGGCCAAGAUCAACGGCAACUUCGAUACCGGCGCCAGGAUCGCCUACUUCAUCGCGCUCUUCCUCUACAUGUCACUGGCAGUGCGGAUCAACUUCUUCAGGGGGUUCCGGUUCUCGCUGGCGUGGUGGGCGUACACGUUCCCGAUGACCGGCGCGUCGAUCGCGACGAUCACGUACGCGGCGGAGGUGACCAACAUGCUGACGCGGGCGCUCUCCAUCGGGCUCUCGGGCAUCUCCACCGUGACCGUGGCCGGCCUGCUGGUCACCACCGUGUUCCAUGCCUUCGUGCUCAGGGACCUCUUCCCCAACGACGUCUCCAUCGCCAUCACGCGGCGGAAGCCCAAGUUCAGCAAGAUCCUCGCGCACUUCCGCUCCUCCAGCACCGACAUGAAGGAGCUCGUGCUCUCCUUCUCCAAGCCGUCGCAAUCUGACUCCGGCGAGACCGAUCGGUCAGUGACCGGUGUCAGAGAAGAGCCUUAACUAGAUCAAGAAACCGCGCGCGCUCUUGCGGUCUUACGUAUACCUGCUAGAUCCUAGCUAGCUGUACAUACUACAUAGUGGAUUUUUUUUUUCAAUCUCUUACGCAGGAAGGAUCGCCAAAGAACAAGUGGAAGCAUAUGCUUGCGUUGAUAGAUCGGUCUGGGGACUGGUCGUGUAAUUAAAAUGGUUGGACAUACGAUGGCAUGGAUAUCCUUGGAGCAUUUUGUGAUGACGAGGAUACGAUGUUACCAUAUAUUUAUUAUAUAUUUAUUAAUUGGAAGUUUCUUUUA